AUGUCUUCCAUCAUGAGCAUCAACGAUUUGUUUCCUCGUUCUCCCGAUGACAAAUUCCUCAACGUCCCGUACAACGAGAGGUGGGAGCAUCUCAAACCCAUCAUUGUCAAGCUGUACAUGGGCAAAUACGAGCCCAAUGGGAAGCCGAUGACGAUGGGCAAGGUCGCUGUCUUCAUGAGGGACCAUUACUCCUUCCACGCUGCAGAGACGCAGUAUCGAUAUCACUUGAGCAAAUGGGGUGUCCGCAGACGUACCCACGGUGCUGAGAAAGAAGAGAUUACGGCUGCCCUGGGCAGGAGGACUCAUUCGAGCAUGAGCACAUCUGAUGUUACCCUCGACCCGGACAAGGCAGUCGACAAGAAACAGAUGAAGAGAUAUUUGAAGGAUCAAAUCCGGCAUCAUAAAGCAGAGGUCGGGUUGCCGGGCGUGCUGUCGUCGUGGAACCUCCCAUAUGCCGCAUACUCCAAAGGCCUUGGCAAAACAUCCGGCCAGCCUUCUCCAUUCGGAGGAACAGCCGCCACCCCGACCUACCUGAGCAUCCAGAGCCCUGAAGCCGCUACACCGGGACACGCCGCAGCCGGCCCCUCGCCGACCAUGCAGCUGAUCCGCCAGAAGGCUGCCCGGGACAAGGCGAACCUUUUUUUGCAGGGACGCCACUUCGAUCUUCUGGCGAGCUGUGGGAAAGAAGACCGCAUCACGGUGACAAGUUAUCUCCACGACUUCUAUAUGCAUUCCUUUGUCGUCGCAAAGUACUGGGGACGAGGACCUCGAAUAGACCAGUGGACUCCGGGUCUGGUGGCCGCCCUGACACUUAGCUCGUUUGAUGAUGCUAGUCCAUCGAGCCUCGCGUCUGCCAUGUCCCCAGGUGUGGCUCCGGGUGGACCAGACUGGCUCAACGGCCCCACGCAGCUCUGUCGAUGGUCAAUUCAUGUCCGCUCGGUUGGCUACGACCCGAUUCCGGAAAAAGACAUCGAUGCCCCGGAUAACCUAGCACACCCCUCCGCCUCGUUUGAAGAAUCGAUGCAAAAGUCCAUCACCAACAACACAUUUUCCCUCACACCCCCCGACAGCAUACCCAUCUCCACCGAGUUGAUAUCACAGUCAUUGCAAGAGGAUCCGGAGCUCCUACGGGUGGAUGCCUGGAAAGUUGCAAUCAUGGCCGGCAACGUCGAUUUGCUGUACAGCCUCUUUGACAAGGCUGGGAUUCCGCAUAAAAUUGAUGAGAUCUACCCCUUACACCUGGCAGCAACCUUCCUGGAUGGUGGCAAUACUUGUUGCAGUAUGGUCGCGGCGCUUUCUGCGAUACUCGGUUAUGAUCAUCUCUUCUUCAACGGUCGUGACGAUCUAGGUCAUACAGUGCUAGACAAGCUCAUGAUCACCGUCCUCCGUUCGCACACGAGCGUCCGUCCGGAGCUUGCCAGCGCGCGUUUCAACCCUCCACACCGCUUUCCCGGAGAAGAAAAGGACGUCUGUGGCAGGUGGGAUGCCGAUUCCCCGGCCGUCCGCGCCCUCUUCCGGCAUGGGUACGCACGCAUUCCGACCAGCUGGAAACACGCCUUUUGCCACACUGCUGCGCAGGCUGUCUGUCACAGCGUAAUAGCUACUAUGGCCUCGCCCGCCUCCCCCCGGAUUGACAGCUUGAGCGGGUUGUUUGUUCGACGUUGUACCAACUGCGGGCUGGAGCUCAAGAUGGGACCGCUUCAUGCGCUCGUUGUGGUGACCUUCUAUCUUGCGCACCGGGGAAUGCCCGGGGAGACGCUCUUCGGCUCGCUGGCCAUCCUCGUCUGUCUGUUGAGUCUCGGCGCCUCCGCUUCGCUGAAGGCGGCCAUGUCAGUGGGGGAUAUUCUUGGGAGUCCCGAGAUAUCAGGGAGAUGCUGUCAUAAGCCCAUAGACGCUUAUGAUCUGAUGCAGGAGGUGCCGCACGAACUCGUCGCCAAAUGGAGUACCGACUGCCAGACGGGAUGGGCGUGCAUUCAGCAAGUCCUCCUCCUAGCUAAAGAUGACGGAGACCGCAAUUCGCGACAAGAUAGCGGUGGAGAGCAUGAGUCUGCGACCGUCAACGAAGCCGCAACCAUUCAGGUUGAGCUCCUCACCUAUCGCAGGAUCCACACUCUAGAUCCUUGGACCUCUGACAACUUUUCGAUGGCCUCGCUCAAAACUUGGUUGGAAGGGGAUUCGUUGGAAUUUGGCACUCCCUUAGUGGAAAACAACAUGAUGCGGAAUCACUCGCCUUGCGGAUGGUUCUACGACAAUUACGACAAUGACUUCCUCUGUCCCGUUGCCGAAGACGUGUGCAAGGAUCAUUUCAUGAACAUGGACGUCUAUAACAGGGCUACGUUUUUGAAUCGGCCGGGCUUGGCCCAAUCUUGGCUAGAAAUCGUCCCCCCCGACGACCCCCUAGCCAUGGAAUAA